GGCUGAGAUUUGCGCCAACAGACAUGAGCAUCUAGUAACUUUCGCCGAGGCGAAGUACUCGAGCGGCGAGGGGCUCGAGGGGAAGUCCUACGGUAAACUUUGGAAGGGAAAAGGGACCCCCAGAAUUAUAAAGGCGAUCCGCCGGCACAGCAGAAGACUCGAGGAUCGCUCGACCUCUCCCAAACGGGACGACAGCAAGAGCAGCGUCGUCGUCCUUUAUCACGGGAAGGCCCCGACGCCUCCACCCUCUUCUCCGAGGCCUCUCGUCAGAAACUCCAAAUCCGAAGGCACCGUCGUCCACGAGGCCUUUCCGGUCCGACCUAUUCCGAAGGAAGUCGCCACCCAGAAGAAGGAAGAACUCAAGCAAAGACCAAAGUCAGAAGAGUGGACCAGAUCCGAGGUCUCGAGUCCGAAGCUCGUGCACCGACGUCGUCGAGUCGCGGCUCGAAAGUGCCGUCACUCCGGAAAGAGACAGGACCCGGUAAACGUGAACAUCUUCCACGAGAGUCGGGUGGUGCGGGUGACUCCCCAGGAGCCCUGGGUCGAGCCCGACGUUCUAAAGUGUCCGUUAAAGACCUCGAAGAACCCGACCGACCGACAACGCGGCAACUGGUCGCCCAUCCAGGAGAAGUGGAGAUCGGACCGGAAGAACAUUGGCUCUAUCUACGAAAAAGAGGAGCGAUGUCGCCCUGACCCAGGUCGCGGUUCGAGGCUCAUGGCUAAUCGCUCCAGCCGGACCAAAGAGGGAGACAUCGAACAAAGGCAGUCCUGCGGCGUUCCGGCGAAUUUGGAGUUCCUGGUGCAGCGUAUGCAAACUCAUCAUAAGGGUCCGGAAGGUCGAGGUCUCUUCGAGGUGAAUGCCGAGGACGCCAGGAGGGUGUUCCCUUUCCAGGCAACCCCAAGUGGUAACUUGAAGAUCAUUCCAAAUCAGGUCGUGUUCGAGUCGAAGAAGGUCAGCGUCCUCGUGGCCGACCCUAGACACACCAAAGUCAACGUCAAGGCCGAGAUCAGUAGACCCGGCAUCGACCUUCCAAGCUCGAAUCUCGAUUACCCCGACCCUGAGCUCCCGCCCUCCACCGCGGAGUAUCUUCAGACCCAGGAGAAGUCUCGCAACGAGCAGGAGUACAGACCGAGGACUCAACCCUAUCGAGUAAAGGUUCACCAGGUGGAAAUGGAGCAGAACCAGACCCAAUCGAACCCGGUCAGGGGACCAUCGGCAUCGGAAGUCCCCUUGUCCUCGUUGGGGUUCACCGGGGAGCAGCCCAUCGACUGGAACAAUAUUAUCCUCCCGGAGAAGACGGAUCUGUAUCAGGAACUGGCCAGAAGGAUCACGAAUUACAAGAACGCCGACUGCAUCGUUCGGAUCGGCCAGGACGAGUUCCACUGCCACCUCCUGGUCCUUCAGAGCUACAGCACCUUCUUCGACGAGAAGAAUUGCAAGGACGUCGACCUAAGCGGGAGCAGCGUCACUUCGAGAGCCUUCUCCAUCAUCUACGACUGGAUGAUCAGUCCCACGGUGGAGAGCUGCCACUUGCUGAGGAGAGACAACAUCCUGGAGAUCUUCAUGGCCGCGCAGUACCUCGGCAUCAAAGAACUCGAGGAGCAGUGCUGGGCCUUCAUCGACAACGACGAGCUCUUCUCCGAAGACACGGCGUUCCUUCUGUAUCUGGAGGCGAGGAAAAUCGGAAACACCGCCGUGAUGGAGCUGAUGGUCCCCAGGAUCAUGAAGUUCUUCCUGAUGCUGGUCGGCACGAAGGACUUCCUCGAGCUCUCCGUCGAGGAGCUCUGCCUGCUGCUGCGUUCGAACUACAUCUGCGUGAACAGUGAAAUGGACGUGCUGAUGUCGGCCGUGAGAUGGCUGAUGUUCGACUGGGACGGGAGGAAGCAAUAUCUACUGGACGUCCUGAAGUGCGUGAGAUUCGGCCUGAUCGCCCCCUGGCAGCUGGUGGACGUGAAGAGGAACCCGGAGAAUCCGGAAUUCAUGGAGCUGAUGUCCUACCCAGAGGUCCAGAAAAUGGUGGACGACGGUCUCGCCUUCGUCAUCAUAAAGUACUGGUACGGGAAUCAGACCGAGGACUAUUAUCACUGGAUCGAUUUGUUAGGUUUAACCGAGCCGACCAAUCGAAACUGGGCCGGCGAGGACAAGAGCUACGUGACGUAUCGCGAAUUUUUGCUAUACCUGGAGGACUACCAGAGGACGAAACUGCCGGAGUUGAAGCUGCGAAAAAGUCGAGGGAAACCCGCCCCCCCGAAUUCGCCACCAAAAGAGAGCCCCUCGCCCCCACCCACGAGGGGAAGAGGAAAUUACUUUCAAAAUCACGGCAACAUGGAAGCUGCAGCCUCGGGUCAAGGGGUACCGAGCAAUGCUUCGAGGAACACUAAGCAACCCAUGAAGGGGCAAUCAUCCCCCUACGUGUCGAAUGGCGGUCCAGGGGGGGCGAUGUCCCCGGAAAUCCUCAGCGAGUACCUGAGCAACCUCGACCGAGGUUCCAAAGGGGGUCAGCGGAUGGCGGGCGAUGGGGAGCUAGCCAACAAGCCGGGGAACUUGGAGGCGAGACUCGGCGGGGGUGGAGGAGAAACCUUAAAAAAGAUCUACAACAUCACCAAGUCCGGCAGGGCGUUCGAGCUGUAUCGCCCCGAAGAGCGGCCUUCGGUACCGGAUUCGCACGAUGGAGGAGGGAACUCGAAGGCCAUCCAGGAAACCCGGUACUAUCAGCAGUGGGAGACCAACGUGACCGCAAAGAGGCACAACGACGUAUCCGCUCAUCGACAUCGGUGGGACCCGAGCUUGAAUCGCAGAUCCGGGAGCAACCGAAGGAAAGAUCCCAAGGCCAGGUCUUCCGACGAACGCACGGAGUCGGCGAAAUCCGAGGAAGAAGCGGCCACCAUGAUCCAAGCCACUUACAGGGGAUACAAAGUCAGGAGAAAAUUCGACGAGAUCAGAAAGACAUCCUCGGAGGAGAAGCGGAACGCGAAGAGGAUGGCCGAGUUCCUGUCCAUCCCGGCUGGCCAGAACCUGCCGAAGCCUCUGGAGCCCGUCAAAGUGAGCAACGGCUCGAUCGGCCGAGAGAGGACCUCGAAGGAAAGGACCCAGAGUCCCAGGAAAAAAAUCAGGGACUCCUCCAAAGCGAGGGCGAAGCGAGACCUUCGACAAGUCGACGACGAUCAAUGCAGCUCUGCCAAGGAUCUGGAAGGACUUCGAUUCGAGGUCUGCAAGCCGCAGCCCACGCCUAGGACCCAGAAGCUCGCUAAACCCGCGGAUUCGACCCUGAUGACCGCCCCGACGAACCCGGUGGAGACCUCAAAACCCAUCCAGACCAUCAAAUCGCCAGCCUUCUUCCAGAACUGCGACGAGAGGAUGAGCUACUUAUCCCCAUCCGACAACACCGACACCGACGACCCGUUCUCCCCUAGGAUGGGGGAAAGAUCCCCCGUCGACCUGCAAACAAGGGAUAUCGCACGUGGAUAUCCCAAACUGGAUCCGAACUACGAGGAGGGAAAAAUUUACCGAGCGACCAGCGCCUUCCAGCCCAGGCCCAGGACUCGAGAUAUUCCUCCCCAAACUAAAUUCAAAAGACCUGCCACACAGAAGAUGGGUGCAAACGUCCUUAUCGAUGGCCCCUACUCCGAAAAUUCGUUGUUCCAUCCCGGAAGAGAAUCCGUUUUGAUCUUCGGAGGCAUGGAUCCCCAUAAGCUCUGCGGAUGCACGGGCAACACCGGAAGGGACAUUUACAGGUUCAAGCCUUCCGACAACGUCUGGGAAUUCAUCGGCGAGAUUCCGGAACCCAGACACCACCACUCGGUGGUAUACCUGAGAGGACGAGUGUACCUUGUGGGAGGAGCAGACCCCAGAGAGGACGACCUGGAGAGGAAGAACGUGGUCGUCGGCACCGUAUGGAGUUACGACCCCUGCUCCAGGGUCUGGUUCGAGGAGCCUGGACUGCUCACCCCGAGGAAGAACUUCGGCCUGAUAGUCAGCCACGGGAAGAUGUUCGCCAUGGGUGGGCAAGACAAGAACGGCAUAGCACUGAGGUCAGUGGAGGCGUUCGACCCCGUCGAAAGUACUUGGCGCGAGGUGCAACCGAUGUACACGGCCAGGAUGGGCCCGGCGAGUGCCAAGUACCAGGACCUGAUCUGGGUGGCCGGAGGGAUGACGAAAUCCAAGAAGGAGCCCAUCUCCAAGGACGUGGAGUGCUACGAUCCCCUGAAGAACCUGUGGCUGAAAGUCGAGCCCCUGAAAUCGCCCAGGUGCUUCGCUUCCAUGCACGUCGUCGCCGAGAGUCUUUACGUCAUCGGCGGCGCGAGCAAGAUCUCGGAGAACGUCACCGAGAGCAUCGAUACGAUCGACGUUUGGGACCCGAAAUCCUGCUCCUGGAAGUUGCAAACGGAAAUGGCCGUCCCGAGACACGGCCAUUCAACGGGGUCGAUCGGAAAUCAGUUGCUGAUCAUCGGCGGCGUCACGACGAUGUACAUGAGGACCCUGAAGAGCGUCGAAUGCUACUCCUGCGAACUCGCCAAGUGGAUAACCGGGGUCUCCUCUCUACCGCACGCCGUGUCCGGCCAUGGUUCCGUCUCCCUUCCGCCGACGAACGUCCUCAAAGACUACUAAAACGCGAAGGAACCUUUUAAACGGUGUCGAAAAAACGGGAAAAAAAUAGGCGUUUGCUCUCAC